AUGUUUCGAGCAUCACAAAUCACCUUGUUCCGCUCGACGCUUCGUUCUCUAGCGUCGGCGUCCAACCAGCCAAUCCCGCCCGGAUCCGAGCUCAACGCAGUGAAGCGCACCGCCGCCACCAUCCUCCCGCCCAUCAAGCUCUACCGGCGAAUCAUGCGUGCCCACCGAAAGCUCGACGCAGAUAUGCGUGCCGUCGGCGACAACUACGUCAAGGACGAGUUCCGAAGGCACAAGGACAUCGACAACCCGCUGCAGAUCAUUGGCUUUCUCAGCUCCUGGAAGAUGUACCUCGAUCAGCUGGAGGUGCAUCAGGGUCAACCGGGUGGCUUCCGCGGUCAGCGACUGGAUGCACAGCUGCUCGAAAAGAUGUCAGACGAGCAGAUCUAUCAGAUUCAUGAGCUCAUGACAGCUACUCAGGAGGCAUACUCGGACCAAGCACGGGCUCAUCCGCCAACUCAGCAGCGCGAGAUGGCUGAAAAGGCGGCGGCGGAGGCUGGCAUGUCGGUCAAGAAGGACGAGUAA